GAAGUGUCUCUCUUCCUUCCUGCCACAGACAGAAAAUCCGCUGUCCUGCCUCAGCCCGGCACCUCAGUAGAAUUUCCCUUUGGCCCUGUCAUCACUGGUCUAGGCAAAGCCUGUCUAUCUCGGUGAAUCGGAGGAGGAAGUUGGGAGCAAGUUUUGCCCCGCUCCCAGAGGGCGUUCCGGCUAUAACUUCCGAAGCUCUAUUGUUUCCAGAACGGCCCUCUCGACGGUUUUCUUCUCUAUGGCUCUGGGCCGCCGGAGCCGGAGGGAGGCAGCAAUACUGAGCCUUUGAACUGGAGCGGCCGUGGAGGGGGCGGGGUAACCGAACGGGAACCGAUGGAGCCCGAGAUGGAGGCAGAGACGUUGGAGUCCAGGAUCAACAGAGCUACAAAUCCUUUAAAUAAGGAUGUGGAAUGGGACAAUAUCAAUGCUUUUUGUGACCAGCUGAACAAAGAAUUAGAGGGCCCACCCCUAGCAACCCGGCUCCUAGCCCACAAGAUCCAGUCUCCACAAGAAUGGGAAGCCAUUCAGGCUCUCACGGUGCUAGAGGCCUGUAUGAAAAACUGUGGCAAGCGCUUUCAUGAUGAAGUUGGCAAAUUUAGGUUCCUUAACGAGCUCAUCAAGGUUGUAUCACCAAAGUAUCUAGGAAACAGAACUCCAGAAAAAGUGAAAUCAAAAAUCUUAGAAUUGAUGUAUAGCUGGACGUUGGGUCUGCCUGAGGAAGUGAAAAUUACAGAAGCAUAUCAGAUGUUAAAAAAACAAGGGAUUGUAAAAUGUGACCCCAAGUUGCCAGAUGAUGCACCUUUCCCUCUACCUCCUCCCAGACCAAAGAAUGCAAUUUUUGAUGAUGAAGAGAAAUCCAAGAUGCUGGCCCGCCUGCUUAAAAGUUCCCAUCCCGAAGAUCUCCGAGCUGCCAAUAAACUCAUCAAAGAGAUGGUUCAAGAGGACCAAAAACGAAUGGAGAAGAUUUCCAAGCGAGUGCAUGCCAUUGAAGAAGUAAAUAACAAUGUGAAACUGCUGACUGACAUGGUGACUAACUAUACCAAUGGAGAGAUGACAGAGAGCAGCGAGGAUCUCAUGAAAGAGUUGUAUCAGCGCUGUGAACGCAUGAGGCCCAUGCUUUUCAGGCUUGCUAGUGACACAGAGGACAAUGAUGAAGCACUGGCUGAAAUUUUGCAAGCUAAUGACAACUUAACACAAGUGAUCAAUUUGUACAAGCAGAUUGUGAAAGGAGAGGAGAUCAAUGGUGAAACAAUGGCAGGUUCUCUCCGAGGCAGCACUUCUGCACUUCUGGAUCUGUCAGGAUUGGACAUGCCACCUGCAAACCCUGCCUACCCAGCCAUACCAACUUUCUCAGGCGGUAGCUCAGCAACUGUGCCAGAGCAAAGCAGUUCAGUCUCUCUGUUGGAUGAUGAGCUCAUGUCACUAGGGCUUACUGAUCAAGCAACUUCUUCAGUCCAAGGUGGAGACAACAGUGGGUGGAACAGUUUCCAGUCUUCUGAAAGCCCAGAAGGACUACCAACUCCAAUAGGGAAAGCUGAAGCUGGACAGCCUGCAUCUCCUGCUGCCACUAGUGGUAUGGAUGACCUGGAUCUGCUAGGCAAGACUCUGUUGCAGCAGUCUCUUCCCCCAGAAUCUCUUCAAGUCAGAUGGGAGAAGCAGCCACCUCCUCGGUUAACCCUGCGUGAUCUCCAGAACAAAAGCACUUCCAGUCCAUCUCUGAGCACCAAUAGCGCUUCGUCUGUCUUCCCAAAUCUCUCUUCAAACCCUGCGGUCACCCUGCCCUUGGAAAAAACAGCCCCUGUUUUGGCCCCUCAAGGGUCACCGACUCUUUCUGGAAGCGCAAGCCUUCCAGCAGGUCUCCCAGCUUCCACACACCCCUUGGAAUUCUCACUGAUGAAUGUCACCGUGCCUUUGGAAUCCAUCAAGCCAAGCAACAUCCUCCCAGUGACUGUGUAUGACCAGCAUGGUUUCCGUGUCCUCUUCCACUUUGCAAAGGACUCUCUGCCUGACCGACCUGAUGUGCUAGUGGUGGUCAUUUCUAUGCUAAGCACAGCCCCUCUGCCCAUUCGGAACAUCAUCUUUCAGUCUGCUGUCCCCAAGGUGAUGAAAGUGAAAUUGCAGCCACCUUCAGGGACAGAGCUCCCACCAUUCAACCCAAUAGUGCCCCCUACAGCAAUCACCCAGGUCCUCCUCCUUGCAAAUCCACAAAAGGAGAAAGUAAGACUACGAUACAAGUUGACCUUCACCAUGGCAGAUCAGACUUACAAUGAAAUGGGAGAUGUGGACCAGUUCCCCCCUCCAGAAUCAUGGGGAAAUCUCUAGUGCCACAGCCAGUGUGCUGGGUCAUGUUUCUAAAGAUUCUGCCUCGCUUAGGACCAGAGCCUUCCCAGGAUUGGCUGCUGUUUGGACUCUGCUUUCAGACUGCAAAGGCAGGCGCAGGAGGAUGAGAGGCAGAGAAGAACAAGAGGGGGUGUCUGUCUUGGGGUCAGAGGGACAAGAAAGAUUGAGUUGCUCCCUGUUCUUUGAUUUCGGUUCUUAUUUGAUUUGUCCUUUACCCUCAUCUUGUUGUCUCCCUUUUUGCUUUUCCUUCAGUGGAAUGAUAUCAGCACAGAUGAGCUUUGAAGAGACACUUUAGAUCUUCUUCUGUACAGCUUUCCCAAAUCUGCUGAAAUAGGAUUGGAUCUUACACUUUCCCAUUAAUGCCACUUCUACACAAGCAGCCCUGACAUGUUCAGGUUAAUAGAUCAGUUCUGGGUUUUGGUUUUUGUUUUUUGUUUUGCUGCAACACAAAAGCUGCAAGACAAAAGAUGGGGCAAGAUAAGUACCCAGUACUUUGUCACAGGAGAAUUAGCUGUCCCAUUUAAAGCUUCGUGAAUUAAACAUCUUUAGGACUACAGGGUAGCUGUUUCUGUUUUGCUCACAAGGCCUUCAUUCUCCCAAAGGCUGGACAAGGGGAGGAGUGUUGGCCUAAUUCUCAAUGUAUUGAUUAACACUCCAGGAGUCUGAACUAGACUGAGUUAACAGGAUGGGGAACCAAGUUUUAUAAGGGAAGUCUGAAAACUGUUUUGCUCCAUGAUUUGUUUUUCUGGGAAAGGAAGUAAGCUAUACCAAUAUACUGUGUGCAGGAAGUUGCAGGAUCCAUCUUCAGGUCCACAUUGUUGUAUGCAAAGCUCCUAGCUCCAUCUUACAUAAUCCAGUCUUUGAAAUCCACCAGAAUAUAACAGAAAAUUGUUGAGAGAGAAAGAUAUUCCCCUAAAUAUGCUUCCCUUCAAACCAUUAGCAACUAUAGCUCCCUUCUUCAUUUAGACUUGGAAACAUGCAGUCUAUAGGACUGUUAGAUUUAUUUUCAUGAGCAAAAUGUCCAUGGAAGAGUUCUCAACUGGUUUUAUAAUAAAUUGCACUAAGACGGAUGAAACUAAGCAUUGCAAAAACUAAAUGCAAAAACUAAAUGGGAUUGAGACAGUGAAUGACAUUUUUACCCAACAGAGUUGCAUACUUUCUUCAGUCAAAUUGACAGGUUUUGAUGAGAAAUAUUUCUGGUUAGAUUCUGCUAUGACUGGAUACUUUUAAUUUCUAGUCUCUCUUUUCAGGUUUUAUCUUUGCCCCUUGCUUAUUUUAGAGCUGGUUUCAUUUAAGUUUUGAAGUCUCUGUUUUUGUGUGCAUGUAUCUACACACACACUCACAAGUUCUGCACAUAGAAAGGAGCCCCAAAAUAUACCGUGCGAAGUCUGGUGUAUUAAUGAGAAAUAUUUUUCCCUAAAGUGCAUUCUAAGAUCUGGGACCUCCUGAAAUAGCAUGAGGAUCCUGUAUAGAGUUGUAGUCUUACAAAUCUCUUGUUUUUCUCCUGUUGGUAAUUUAUAAACUUCAUUUUGAACUUGAAUAGUUUGCAGUCACUCUGUUUUUGGUGGAAAAGAGUAGUGGCUCUUCAUAUCAUGGCUUACAUAGAACUCUGCUUGUAUCAUCUCUAUUUUGGGCCAAAUCCGUACUAUGUACAGUAUAAUCUGCACUUUUAAAAAGAUGUACUGAGAAACUGAAUGUAUUAUGCAAAUAUCUCAUCUUUUUGUAACACUUUAUGGUGUUUCUACCAGUUAACCGAAAUCUUGCCUUUGUGAAUUAGUGCCAUUGCUGGCGCAUUCUUUUAAUGCAGUCUGAUAGGCUAGAAAUGUAAGGGGCAAGACUCGCAAAAUGCAUCAUUAAUUCCUUGCUUCUGGAUUUCUGUAACAUGUUUGGGAUAUUUACGGGUAUUCGUGUCUGUUUUUAAAACUGUCCUGGAGGUUAGCCCUGACAAACACUUGAUAAUCCACAAAUACUAAGCAUUUAUAUAAAAAUACUAAUGCAUUUUAAAGCAAUUUACUGAUAUUUUAUGCAGACUCAGUAGAAGGAUAAAUGUAGAGCAACCAUUUCCAGUCAUAAUGAGUUAUGUUCCUCAGUCUCAAUUCCUGUUUUAGUGCAGAAACUUCGAACAUAACUAAGAUAUGACUAUAUCGACCACAGUUGCCUCCAUAUUUCAUGCAAGGUAGUGUUUGUAUAGUGAUCUGUAGAGCAAUUACAGAGCAAUAUAAUUUGGCAGAAAGCAAGAAAUGGCUGCAAAUGCUAAGCAUAGUUUUUAACUCGAGGAAACUUGGCCAACAGUCCUUUCUACUCCUCUUCUAGGCAGGGUUAUUAUAACCUCAAACUGUGUGUUAUAGUUUGUGGCCAAAUCUACUCUGCAUAUAUUAAUAGCUCUCACUUCCUCUUCCUGCUGCCUUUUUUGCAGGGCCUCUGCAGCAGUAAUUUCUGCUACGUGAUAACUGGAAAGGGAGGAAAUGCAUACUUGCAUUUGAGAUAUAGGAGUAAGUACAGGUGGAGAUUGAUGCCUUAUUUGGGGCUUGAUAUUGCUACUGUCUACAAAUUUCCAUCACACAACUUCUCAGAUUGCUAUAUCAUUUCAUGAAUUUGCUUCCUUUCUAUUUUUGGUGGACAUUAUUGUACCAUAACUAAAUGUUUACAUCUUCUGUGGUAAUCUUCUUUGUACCUUAAUUAGGCUGAUUGGAUUUCAGAAAGGAAGCUGACAGUGAUCUGUAAGAAAGAAUAAUUAUAUUAGAUUAUACUAGUAUACAUCAGUGAUAGAUUAAUAAAAUUUAACAGAAAGCCAUAAUUAUUCCACAUAAGGGCAGCCAGAUUAUUCAUCAUUUUUGCAGGUUGUGAGAUGGUGACUGCAACCUCCCAGAAAUGACUUUUUUUCCAUAUGCCCUUAAUCUGUGCAAGACAACCAAUGAGCUCUUUUUUAACCUCAGUGAAACUGAAAUUUAAUGUCUUAACAAACACCUUAAUUUAAGUAAACAAGGAAUCGAAAAGAACACCUUCUCUAUUUUAACACACUUGAGAAGUAUCCUGAAUCAGAGAUACACAUUUUCCUCCUCUAUUAGGCAACGUUGAUUUAUUAUAUCCCAUCAGCUUGGUGUUGAUUCUUACUGGCCACAAAGCUAGGCCAAGUGAACGGUCCUUCAGAUUUUCCAGCAGUGCAUCCACUGCUGUUGUGAUCAUUUCCAUCCAUUUCAUUGCUGGUCAUCUUUUAGAUUUGUCAGGAGCAUUAGAUCUUCACAUACCUUCAAACAGAAUUUGAGUCUGGACAUCUUUGCCUUGAAUGAGAACUCCAGAUUGAUUUGUUUUAUGAUCCACUUGGCUAUCUCUGGUAUUAUCAGGAGCCUUUAGCAAAACCAACCUUCUAAUUUUUUUUUUCCUAUUCUGCUUCUUCUCCUAUCCUCCACCUUCUGCUUCCAUAGAGUAACAGAAAAGUAUUGCCUCCACAAUUCUGAUCUGAUUUAUAAUACAAACAUUUCACACUAUCUGUGUAUCUUUUCCAAAGCCUUCAAUUGCGAUCCUACCAAGUGUUAACUUGUAGUGUAUUUCUUCACUACCACUUUACUGUUGAUUAUCAAUUCUGAAAGGUAGAAACUGUCUAUCACUUCAGUAUAUUUAUUUGUCAGUUUUAAGGUAGUGGUUGUAUCUCUUGUCAUUAGUUUGAUCAUCUUUAUAUUUAAUCUUAGUCUUGAUUUUUCCAUUGGUGCUCCUUUGCUUUCAUUACUAGAGCUUGCAUAUCAUUUGCAUUUUCAGUUAUCAGAGUAGUGUCAUCAGCAUACUGCAGAUUUGUGAUGCUUCUGUCUCGAAUUUUAAUUCUAUACUUACUGUUUUCCAAUCCAGCCUUUCUCAGUAAAAUAUCCAGGAUAUAAAUUGAAUGAAUCGGGAGAGAGUAUACAACCUUAUCUCAUCUUUUACUGACCUGAAGUCAGUUUGUUUAACCGUGUUAAACAACCAUGAGAUACUCUGAGAUUCCUGUUUUCCUAGGGACGCUACUGUACAUGAUUUGACAUGUUCAACAAAAUCCAAGACUUGUAUAGUUCUGAAACAAGUACUGAUUUCACUGGGGUACUUUUGGCUUUCUCACUUAUCCAGCACAUGUCAAUAAUAAUGUUUCUUGUUCCUCAGUCUUUUUUAAAACUAGCUUUAAUGCCUGGGUUUUCCUUUCUUUAUACGGCUCUAAUUUACAUUGUAUGAUCCUAAAUAUUGUUUUGCUAGCACGAGAGAGUUAAGAAUAUUGUACAAUAGUUUGGACAUUUUGCUAUUUUAUUUUAUUUUAUUUUUGUAUUGGGAUACAGACUGAUCUCUGUAGCCUACUGUAGUGUUCUCCUAAUUUGCAGGCAUAGUUUGAUUAUGUCGAUUGUUUGAGGUAACCCAGACAAGAAGCUCAAUAGGGAAUGUAAGUUCUAUCUUUGUUGUAAGGUUAAAUUGACAAAAUAUUACAAGACUGAAAAUAUGUUGGCCCUCCUCCCCUUUUUCUCUCCAGAGUGUUAGGGACAGUUCCUUCUGAAAUGCUUCUCGUGCCUCUUCUCCUUCCAUGGACUAUGACAUCUUUUAGAUAUCAGUUGUCCAGUCUGAAGCUCUUCCUCCUGUCUUCCACAUACCAUUAACAGAUUAGAACCUUUAUUAAUUCUUCUGUCACUUGCAUAGUUCUGCAGAUAUUCCAUUCUUAAAGACCUCUGACUUACUAAUAUUGGCCUCUUUUUUUCUACUAAAGGUGCUCAAAAAUAGGGAGCAUCUUUAAAGGUAUAUUGGUAUAAUUAUCCCUAAUGUACAGUAUUUCCAUUUACUCUUUCCAUCUUGAUUGAUCUUCUUGGAAUCAAUUAUUAGUUAUACUACCAUUUCACUGACAUUGAUUAGUAUAUCAGUUUGAGGUUGGAACUUCUAAGUUAACAGAUCUUGGAAAACUUGGGGCUUUUUUUUGUACUUGUUUUCAUUUUUAAUGUGUUUUCAUUGCCUCUGCUUCUUGCCUCAUUUAGUUGUACUCUGAAAUUUUUGGUAAGUUUUUCCCUGAGAUUUGUGUCUAACUUCUUUUCUCUUGGCUAUUUACUUUCUUCUGCCAUCCAUUUUACUUCCUUCUAUUUCUUGAUCUUUGGCAAUCUUUUUUUCACAUUAAUACUUCUUUGAUUUUAAUUCACAGUUCUUCUAGUUCCCUAUCAAUGAGGUUCAAGAUUUCAAAACAAUUUGUGAUCUUGAAAAUGGUUAGCAUGUAUUCAAGAUCAUAUUAUGGAAGCUGAUUGCCUUUUUUCCACUUUUGUUUGAUUUCAAACUUGCACAUAUGUACUUCAGAGUUAUUGCACAGCCAGCCUCAUCUUUGCUGUUACAGCCAAGUUCUUCCACUGCCUUGUAUCAAUAAUAUAGUCAGUCUGAUUUUUGUGCACCCUAUCUGAUGAUGUCCAGUUAUACAGAUGUCAUUUUGGUUGUUUAAAGAAUGUUAGCAAUAAAAUGGAUUAGCAAAAACAGACUAUUCUGCUUCAUUUCUGUUUCUUAGACCAUAGAUCCAACUGUCUUUUUAACCUUAAACUAUUUCCUACUUUGGCAUUCUAAUUUCCAACCACAAGCUUACGUGUUCUACCAAUUUCACAUUAAACUUGACCCAUUGCUGUUCUCUUCUAUGCCGGUGAUUGGAGGAUACAAGUAUGUAAGUGUCAUGUUAAAGUGUUGUCUGCAAAAUCUAAUAGUCAGUCAUUGACUGCAUCAUUUCCCAUUAUUCUGCUUGCUACAGUAUCUCCUUAAUUAUGAAAGUAGCUUUGUUCUUCCUUCAUUCUUCAUGUUCUGAGUAAUAAACCUGAUCUUCUGACUGAAAAGUCCAAUUCCAGAACAUUUCAUAAGAUUUUGAAUGUGUUAUUGGUUCAUUUCAACUAUGUUGAGCAUCCCGUGUUCAUAUUUCUUGUGUCCUGUGCUCCCACAGUAAUUCUGCCUUUGCAGCUCCAGCUUUUCCUCUCGUACAUGGCAAUAUUGGUUACUGGCCAUUCCAGAGUCUUUAAACUGAUUGCAUUGUAAAUACCAUUAACACUCUGAAAGAACUUCAGCUUUUUCUCAGGAGAACAUUGGAUGCCACCUGAUCCGAAGGGCCCUUCUUCUGGCACUAUAUUGUCAGUCACUUUAUACACUUUAUAUAGCAAUAGCACUUAGACUUAUAUACCGCUUUACAGCCCUCUCAAAGCAGUUUACAGAGUCAGCAUAUUGCCCCCAACAAUUUGGGUCCUCGUUUUACCCAUCUCGGAAGGAUGGAAGGCUGAGUCAACCUUGAGCCUGGUGAGAUUCGAUCUGCCAAAUUGCAGUGGGUGUAGUUUGCAGUAUUGCACUCUAACCACUGUGCCACUGAGGCUCGAUAUACCUUUCUAAGUGGCUUUCUUGCUAAAAUAGAGGAAUAGUUUAGCAUUGCCUUCUGCAUGGUAUGAAAUUAUGCCUUUGCCAUUGUCACAAAACCGAUCAUCCACCUCCAGCAUUUCCUAUAUCACUGAUGCCUACCUGCUUUAAUUAGCUGAGAUCUUCAUAUCUGGGUAUAUCAUCAUCAUCAUCAUCACCAACAUCAGUUUAGCCAUUGUCUAUCCAUUGCAGGAUGAAGGCCUCGUCUGCAUGUUUCCAGCCAAUACGAUCCUGAGCUUUAUUUUGCCAAUUGGGCCCGCAAUACCUGCUGAUGUUGAUUUAUCUUGUUUUAAAUGGAUUGAUGACAACUCUGUGUGUGUGUGUGUGUCAUCUAUAUAUCUCCUUGGUAUAUACUCCCAGAAUUCUUCACUCAUCACUUCCAGGAUAGCACUACCACUACAAUCAACUAAUGUAGCAGGAUUGCUUCAGAAGAAUUAUUAUAUAAUGAUUUUUUCUAAGCUGGAAGUCUGCUAAAUAUGUUGUAUUUCAAUUCACAUAAUUCCUGGUAUUUGAGAGAUUGCAGUCCAAUGGAUGACUGCUACAGAUAGAAUAGUGGCUAGAGUGGUUGUUUAUGCUAUCUUGAGCUGGGAAGAAUACCCUGCUGUUACUUCCUUACACAAUUUACAAGAAUGAAGCUGUCCAUCCAGUGGAUCAAGACUUUAGUUUAAACAUUUCACUGCUAUGUUGUAUGUUAUAAAGUGCAUAUCAUCUCACAGGCAACACAUUUAUGAGGAAUUCUAAGACAGAAAUGUAUUUAUUUAGACAAUUUAAUCCUGUCUCUUGGAAAUACAAUCUUAAAUAUUUCAGAAUUAAAUAAAACCCAUUAGAGAUGGUAAAUUCAAAGUAAUCCAUCUUAUGCUUACUUUCUUGUCUUUUUGGAAUUUUUACAAAAUUGAGUUAUGCAGAAUUCUCUGACCAGUGCACUGAAAAACUCUUUGAUUCUGACCAUUGUUAUCUCUAUAAUUU